CGCUUUUCCCGCGCUUUUUGUUUCCCCUCACGGCGCCGCCGCCAUGAUGGCGGAGGCUCUGGACCGCUGGCUCCGGGAGGAGAUGGAGGUGCCGCCCUCCGCCGUCCCUUCCCCGGCCGCUCUCCGCAGGCUCUGCUCCAGCCCCACGGCCCCGGUUUGGGAUUUCGUCAUUCGCCACGUCCGGAACCAGCGGAACGUGAAGAAGAUUCGGGGAAAUCUGCGCUGGUCCCGACACCUGCAGGAGGUGGAGGCCGCCGCGAGUCCUCCGAGCCGCCAGAGGGCGCUGCUGGCGGCGCGCGCGCGGCUGCGCCAGGAGCUGCGUGACGUCACUGCCGCCACUGCGCAUGCGCAGGAAACCGCGCGGCGCCUGGAGCUGUCGCUGGGGGCGGGGCAGAGCCGGCGGUGGGCGGAGCUUCGGCGAGGGGCGGAGCUUCGGCUGCUGGGGGCGGAGCCACGGCCGGAAGGGCUGAGGGGCGGCCUGAGGGGGGCGCUGCAGGCCACGCCCACCAGCCAAUCACGGGCAGAGCUUUCGGCCAUCUUGGCCUUGGGGGCGGAGCCGGAAGUGCUGGUGUCAAUCAAGGCCCUGUGCACGGCCCGGGAGGCGGAGCUUCAGCAGAGGCCACGCCCACCUCGAGCUGCCAAUCACCCGAGGGAGGCUCCGGAUUGGCUGAAACAGGCAGAGGCGGUGCUGAUUGGUCACAGCCCGGGGGCGGUGCUCUGGGCCCUGGAGGCGUUGGCCAAUCAGAGCACGAGGGCUCUCCUGUCUGGCCCCGCCCCCUCGGCCGAAGCUCCGCCCACCCUGAGGCGCCUCCUGCAGGAGCGCUGGGGGGCCGUGGGGGGGGUCUGGGGGGCGCUGCCGCCGCUCCUGACCCGCCUGGGACACCUGAGGGGACACCUGGGGACACUCCUGGAGCGGGACCGGGACACGGACGGGGCUGCCAGGCUCUCUCUGCUCGUGGCCGCUCUCGGCGCCGUCCGUUCCUCCCUUCUGGGGGCGCUGCGGGGGGACCAAAAACCCCAAAAUCCGGCACCAAAAUCCCAAAAAUUCCCAAAUUCGGCCCCAAAAUUCCCAAAAUUGGCGGAUUUGGCCCCAAAACCGUCUCUGAGGGCGCUGAGGCGGCGGCUGCGGAGGGGGCGGAGCCAAGCGCUGCGGCUGCAGCAGCGGCUGCGAUUCCUGAGCGCCGCCACCAGAGGGCGCCGAGCGGCGCUGCGGCCACUGCAGGAGCAGGUGGUGGGCGUGGCCCGGGCUCUGGCCCCGCCCCGUCUGGAGUGGGCGUGGCAGCGGCGCCGGGAGCUCCCAUUGGCCGGGCUGGGCGAGCCCCGCCCCCCGCGGCAGGCCCCGCCCCCUCUGCAGGGAUUGGCUGGCCAGCUCAGCUCCGCCCAGGGGGCGCUGCUGUCCCGGGCGGCCAUUUUGCGGCUGCGGCUCCGCCAGGGGGCGCUGUGGGCGCGCCGGGGGGCGUGGCCAUCCCGGGGGGCGUGGCCGGGCAAAGGGGCGGGGCUAGAACCGGCCCCGCCCCUCCCCGAGGGCGUGGCCGAGCUGCUGGCCCAGCUGCGAUUGGUCGGCGACAGCUGCCGGCAGCGAAUCAGCGAUUGGCCACGCCUCCAGGAGCUGGUCGGCCAAUGGUGGUCCCAACCGGCCCAAUGGGCUUUGGCCACGCCCCCCGGUCACGCCCCCUUCUCCCAUUGGCUGCAGCGCUGGCGGGACGCCGCCCACGCCCUGCAGGCCACGCCCACCGCCGCGCAGGCCACGCCCACCGAGGAGAAAGGGGCGGGGCCAGGGGAAGAGGCUCCGCCCCCCUGAGGCGCUGCGGAGGCGCUGAUUGGUCGGGAAUAAAAAGGGGCGGGGCAAA